AUGGAGCAAGAUGAGGAAACAAUGGCGGGUAUCUGUGGUAUGUUGAAGACCGGUGCUGGCUACGUCAAGAAUGAAAUAGCUGCUCCUCAAAAACGGUGGAAGAGUAAAGAAGAGUCGAUAGGGGCCCAAAGCAGGAUGGGCCAUCAAGCGGAACGACAAGCGGAGGACAGGCGGAUGACAGUGAAAGAAGAAUGUAGAAACACAGGCCUAAUAGGUGGCCGAAUAGUGAAGCAGUUGAAGCUGCUAGGAGGCAGCAGUCCAGCACUACUAGACACAGGUUCAAUGAGUAGCGUAGUACCUGCAAAUAGUACAGUCAAAGCGCGAGAUAGAGGAUUUGACGUGGACGCAUUAAAAUUGGUUGAAAAAUCCCAGUUUGCAUCUGUCUGGGAUGCGUCGAUUAAGAGGAUGGACUUCCUUGGAGCAGUACACGUGGAGGCCAAGCUAGAAGGAGGGAACCGAGGCUUGGUGCCGUUCCACAUCAGCCCGAGCAAAGAGGACAUGAUUAUACUAGGUACUAAUGCCCUGAGGAAGUUAGGUGUGGAGCUUUCCAUAGUUGCGGACAAAAAGGGAAGCAAUAAACAGUGGACGGAAGGAGAUGAGAGCAAUGCAACGGUGCCUACUGAGUCGACCCCAAACUUCAUGCUUUUGACCCUCAAUAUCAACGACAUGGAAGAGUUCUAA